CCUCUGCGUGGACACGGGCAGUUCUGGGCUACGUGACUGGACCCGGCUGGGGAGGCCCACCUGCACAAGAGACGGAGUAGGAAGUGGUCCCCUCCGAGGACGCUUGCCACCUGCAGCCAGGGCUGGAACAAGUCACCAACGAGGCAAAAUCCCGGAACCCCAGGCCUGCGCUGUGUGUGGGAAGGGCUGCGUCCCCCCUACCCUGUGCUGGACCGGGACAUUCCGAUGAACCGGAGAGACCCGGAGGCCCCCAGCAGAGGCCAGCGUGUAACUUCCCUGCAAGGACGUCUGUCCCCGACCGCUGCAGGAAGGCAGGCCCCGCCAGGAGCCCGCACGCGCCCGCCGCGGGAGGAAGCACCGGCCCGGGGAGAGGCAGCACACACACCUCCAGGGGCUGGGGCUGCGGUGCCUUCUGGAAGACACGCGAAUGUGAGUGCGUGUUUACGCCCACGACUGCGGGCACAACUGUUCAAGGAGGGAAAGGAAUAGAGAAUUACACAGCAAAAAGAGGACAGUGCAGAAAGUGAGCUAAUGCAGAAUGUCAAGAAAUAAAGUCGCUACAGUCCUUAUCACGGGGGGCAUCGUGGCCACUGCCGGCCAGUUCACCAGUUGGUGGUUCGGCGCGUACUCCAUCGUAGCGGGUGUCUUCAUCUGCCUGCUGGAGUACCCCCGCGGGAAGAGGAGGAAGGGGUCCACCAUGGAGAGAUGCGGACAGAAGUACCUGACCAAAGUGGUGAAGGUGUUGGGACCUCUCUCCAGGAACUACUACAUCCGGGCCGUCCUGCACCUGGGGCUCUCGGUACCUGCCGGCUUCCUGCUUGCCACCAUCCUGGGGACAGCCUGCCUGGCCAUCGCGAGCAGCAUCUAUCUGCUGGCAGCCUUCCACGGAGAGCAGUGGACCCCCAUCGAGCCCAAGCCCAAGGAGCGGCCGCAGGUCGGGGGCACCAUCAAGCAGCCGCCCAGCAACCCCCCGCCCCGGCCCCCGGCCGAGGCCCGAAAGAAGUCCAACGAGGAGGAGGCCGCGGCAUCGGCAGGCGUUUCCGGCGGCCCUCAGGAGAACCCGGUCCCGGUGGUCGACGAGGUCGUGUGACGGGCGUCUCCGGCCGUCCCCCGCGUGGGGCUCCCAAAAUAAACCAUGGAGAGCAGGCUCCCUGACUCCCCGUGUGCACACCACACCCAAUCCCAGCUCUGCCUUCUGCAUAAAUAAAUCCAGGAUGGGCGCUCCCCGCCCCCCUGCCUCCCCCA